AACUCACCGUGCACCGAGUGCGAAGAUGAAGCCAUCAGGUCCCGGUACUAAGAGGAGGAAGAAGUUAAAGGUGACCAUGCCAAGAAGUGAGUCCUCGCUACAGGUGAUGGAUGUCGUGGAGGUAACCCUCCCCCGAUCCAUACCUCCAAGGCAGCAAGAUGCUGCGCCACCACCUGAUGCUAGGGGUGACGAAGAAGAAGAAGGUGUUGAUCACAUCAGCAGCCUCCCAGAUGCAAUCCUCGGCGACAUAAUCUCCCUCUUAUCCAUGAAGGAAGGUGCGCGCACCCAAAUCCUGUCCUCCCGGUGGCGCCACUCUUGGCGCGCUGCCCCUCUCGUCCUUGACGGCUCCGAGCUCGUCACUCCAAUGGACCUUAGAACUGAUGAGAAGGUCCUCGCCGCUGACGACAAGGCCCUCACCAGCACAGUCUCGCUCAUCCUCUCUACCCACUCGGGCCCCGGGCGCCGCUUUUGCAUCCCGGCGCACCACCUCUCCGAUCGAGCCACCACAGUCGACUCCUGGCUUCGCUCUCCGGCGCUCGACAACCUCCAGGAACUUGAUUUCUGGGAUGAUGGGAUAUAUGGGUAUCUUCGGCAGUUUGCACCGGUACCCCCACCGGCAUCUGCUUUCCGGUUCUCCGGCACCCUCCGCGUUGCUACCUUCGGCAAAUGCCAGCUCCCAGAUGGCUUGGUGGAAGGGAUUCACUUUCCCAACCUCAAGCAGCUCGGCCUUGAAUAUGUCAAUAUCUCGGAGGGCUCACUGCACGCCAUGAUUUCCAGCUGCCCCGUUCUGGAAUGUCUGCUCCUUCACCUCAGCUUUGGGUUUAGCUGCCUCCGGAUAAGCUCCAGCAGCCUUAAGAGCAUCGGUGUGGGUACUAAUCGUUAUCGUAACCAGCCCCAGUUACGGGAAAUCAUCAUUGCUGAUGCGCCGUGUCUUGAAAGGUUGCUUUUUCUUGAACCAUACAUGUCGAUCAGUGUAUCUGUGAUCGCAGCACCUAAACUUGAGACCUUAGGCUUUCCCACUGAUGGGAUUGAUGGGUACGAUCCUUUCAGAAUCGAGUUUGGGACGACCACCAUUCAGGUAGCUGCAGAAUUCUUGUUUCUUUGCCAUCAAAGGCUGCUAACUUGCAUUUUCUGGUAUAGACCAUCUGCAUUUGCUGAUAGCUUUAUGUUUUGUUUAAUGCUUGGUUUAGGAAUUGCAAGUCAUUAACAUGACCACGGUGGUGCGCAGUGUCAAGAUUCUAGCUGUGAGAUCAAUGCAUAUAAAUCUUGAUAUGGUGAUUGACUUGAUGAAAUGCUUUCCAUGUCUG